CAUAAAUAAAGUGGCGAGAAGAUAUCGUUAUCCAGUGCGGGAUGGACGUUACUCUUUCUCGUUUUCUUUCCACAAGGGAAGGGAUGAUGGCUGCUUCCUCUGUUUCCUCUCUCUUCCUUCCUUCCCCUGCUCCUGGUUUGGAUAGUGGUAAAACCUCAUGUACGAGUUUUCAAAGCAAUGCUGGGAGAAGACUUGGAGGCCCAUUUGUGCGGUGUUCUGGUGCAGUACCCAAGGUUUCAAAUGUAGUGAAACGUGGUGGGCAUCUAACCUCAGUCAAACGUCGGGAUGCCAUCGGAUUGUUGUGCGGACUAUCUAGUUUCUUCAUCAACUCAUUUGAUGUGAAUGGAGCUGGCUUACCACCAGAGGAAAAGCCCAAAUUAUGUGAUAGUACUUGUGAGAAAGAGCUUGAAAAUGUGCCAAUGGUAACUACAGAAUCUGGUCUGCAGUAUAAGGAGAUAAAAGUCGGCCAAGGCCCUAGUCCACCAAUUGGAUUCCAAGUAGCUGCUAAUUAUGUUGCUAUGGUUCCAUCUGGACAAAUAUUUGACAGCUCACUGGAGAAAGGCCAGCUUUAUAUAUUUCGGGUUGGCUCUGGUCAGGUGAUCAAGGGACUUGAUGAAGGGUUACUGAGUAUGAAAGUUGGAGGGAAGCGUCGACUGUACAUUCCGGGAUCAUUGGCGUUCCCAAAAGGUCUCACUUCAGCUCCAGGAAGGCCGAGGGUGGCUCCAAAUAGUCCUGUUAUCUUCGACGUCAGUCUGGAAUACAUACCGGGACUCGAAGUGGACGAAGAAUGAUAGAACCAGUUGGCCUUCUUCUGUACUCUGAUAACUGCACGAGCUUGGAUGCUACAUCCAUUUCGCUACUUUCAAGGUGUCAUUGGGUUAAUUCAUUGAUUUGAUUGCUACAACAGAGAAAUAUAGUCGACUUGGAACUCAAACUCCACUUAAAAUAUGUCCGGAAAAUUCGAACUUUUGACAGAUGGAUUGCGUCAUAC